GGUCACAUCUAAACCAACAACAGGCAGCAAGCGAGUUUUAAAAAACGUGCUCAAGAAGUUGAUUCUGUGAACUAUAAACUUGGCUACAAAAAAAUGGGCAAAAAGGUGGCCGUAGUGGCCAAUGUGACUAAAAAACCAAAGAUGUCGCCAAAACCAAAUAAAAGGGAAGGUUCUCCGAUCAAAAAUCCGAAGAAGAACCGCAAGGAACAGGCCAAAAUCCAGCGCCAAAAUGGAACAGAUGAAAAAGAAAAUGUUGAAAAUGUUGCGACGCCGGCCAAGAAACGAAAACUGACUGGGAAUGAUGAGAAUCAGAAAGAUGAGAAAGAUGAUGAGCUUAAUAAAAAACUGCAGACAUCCAGUAUCAAUAAGGCGAUCUUUGGCAUUUUCAAAAAGUUGCAAGAACCGAACGUAAAUAAAAAUGCAGCAAGGCCCAUUAACGAAAUGAUUGCUCUGCUCACAGACGAGAGCAAUGCGGACAUGCGUACGGCAACCUGUGCAUAUGCGCUUAAGCGUUUGGUGCGCUGCACUGGCGCCGAUGACAUGGAUGCCGUCGCCUUAAAUGCCAGUUAUAUCAAUGGCAUUGUUAGCCAGGUGUCUGGCCUCAAGCCUAUCGAGCUGCUCGAUGUGCUGAAGCGCGAGCUGAAGGUAAACAGCCAGCAAAAGGGCAAAGAGGAAUCGUUGGCCGGUGUCGGUCAUUUGAUCACAUCGUAUGCCAUAAUUAAGAGUCCAUAUUUUGAGCCACCAGCGCCAGAGUUAGUCGAUGCCAUUUAUCCCAUACUCGUGGCACAUUUGAAGGGACGCGACUAUCUGGUAGCCAUGUCCAUCGACAUUAUGGCCGAAUCCUUCAAGCAGGUUGACGCUGACAUCUUUGAGUCGCAUGUGUGGCCGUUGCUGCAGCCGAAACUGAGUGCAUCCAUCGCUAAGCAGACCCUGCAUAGCUGCGAUCUUUUGUUGGCCGUACACUUGAACUAUUCGGCGGUGCUGACGCUCAAGAAGUUGAAGUCGAUCCUGUGGCAGACGCAGCAGUCGCAAUAUGCACAGCUCUUUGAGCUCUAUCUGAACAGCGCCAGCAUGCAAAGCGAUGGCGUCUACGAACGUCUGGGCAAGUUUCUGGCAAGCAACGCUAAUGGCGGCGAGCAGCUGCUCACCGCCUGGCAGCAACAUAUUGUGGCACAGCUGCCGGUAAAGCGUAUCGGCGCCAAGUGCUACAUUGUGCAAACGCUCACGCAUAUUCUGCUGCACUACGAUGAUGAUGAUGGCGGCAAGCGCAACGAUGCGCAGUUGGAGCAGCUGUUUGGCACGGAACCCUUGGUUAGCAUGCUGCUGCAGGAGCUGGCGUCGGCAAAGCAACGCCCAAAGAAAUCGAAAAUAUGCAAGUCGGCCGAGCUGCAGCUACGUGGCAUUUGCCACAAAUUUGAGAAGGCAUUGCUCAUCAGCUUCAAGCACAAGUUGAAGCAGCAGUCGAACAAGUUGCACAUACUGCGUGCGCUACUGCAGCAGCAACUACAACUGGACAAUGUGACGCAAACGCCGCGAUUCACCCAGCAACUGCUCGGCCAGCUGGACGAGGCCGGACGGACGAUGAUGUACGAGUUCUAUCGCGAGCAGCUCAUCAGUCAGGCAGAGAAUUUGGGUAAAUCGCAUCGGGAGUACUGCCUCAACCAGAUGCACCAGCUGCAGCUGGAGUUUAGCAAGCGUAGCGAUCAGCUCGAUUUUCUGCUUCACGCCGCCGUCUUCCACUUGGAUGCCGAGCAGAAGCCGUGCGAUGGCGGGCAGCUGGCAGCACAGUUCAGUCGCCAGACGGCGUCUCGCUGUGAGGAGGUGCUGUUCAGCUGCGUAAUGCAUAAACUGGGCUCCGGCUCCGAACAGUUGGCCACGCUGAAUGGACUACUGCGAGGGCUGCUACGACAGCUGGCGAAGCAUAUGUCAAAACCGGACUUUGAGUCGAAGUUGCGCUCGAAACUAGUGCCGGACUUUCAACAGGUGUGGCCAGCGAUUAGUGUCGUUGUGAAUGCAAAGGCCGCCGCCAAAGAUAUGACAACGCUUGCCCUUGUAUUCGAUGCGCUAGUCCUGUCCCUGGCACUGGCCAUGUUCAUGCCCAGUUGCAGCAUUACUCCCGAACUUGUCACCGACAUUUUAAUCUGCAAGCAAAAUGCGCUCGAUCCGAAGCCAUGCAAGGAGAACAAGAAUAAUUCAUUGUCGGAAUCGGAGCCCUGCUGGCAGGAAGUUCUCACAGAUGUGCUGCUGCAGUUGUUGCUGCAAACGGGUCACUUUUGGCGUUCAUUUGUGAAUAACAUAUUCGGUGCACUGAUGCCCCAUCUUGGCAGCGACAAUCUUGGCCAGAUGCUGGACAAUCUGGAUAUGACACAGAAUCCGCUGGGCAUCAAAGACGGCGAGCAGGACGAUGUUGAAGACGAAGAUGAAGAUGAGGAGAUGGAGACCGAUGAGGAUGAGGACAAUGAACCAGCAAGCGCUGAGAAGCAGGAUAAGGAUGAAAAAGAUGAGGACGAGGAAGAGGACGACGAUGAAGAUAAUGAUGAUGAGGAGAACGAGGACGCGGAUGAUGCGGAUGAUGAUGAGUACGAUGAUGCAACAAAUUUGGAUCAGAUACGUGAAAAUGUUCGCCUCGCACUGCUCAACGAUGACAACGAUGAGGAUAACGAUGCGAGCAGCGUCGAUUGGAACGAUGUGAGCGAAGAGCAGGGCGAUCGUCUGAAUCGGGCACUGGAAACCGCCUUUCACGCCUUCAAACCGAAGGGUCAAAGCAAAUCCAAGUCCAAACGCCAAACCAAAUCGGAGCGCAUCAACAGCACUACACUGCUGCACUUUCGCAUCCGGGUGCUUGAUCUGGUCGAACAGUUUGUGAUCGCUCGACCGCAGCUGGAGUUUGUCGUGGACGCACUGAGCCGUGUCUAUCAUGUCUAUCACAUUAGCUGCACCGAUGACAAGCUAAAAUCAUUGUCGCAGACCAGCAUCAAGUUGCUGCAACGCCUGAUCACCAUCAAGACAACUGGCUCGCCAGCGAACAAGUCAACCAUUGUGGACAGCAUUGAGACGUUGAUGGUUCUGAAAUCGCCGAAAAACGCCGAACAUGCGCCAAACGAAUCGAACCUGUGGCGCAACAAAUGCAUCGCCUAUCUCUUCACCCAGUUCGAUGGGACAGAACUGAGCAGCGCCGCCGUCGAACCGCUACUGCAAAAAUAUCUAAAUAACUCGCUGGUGGCCAGCUUUGGUACGUUGUUCGGCACGCAGUGGGAUGGCAUUGCUUCAGUUGCCAUAAGCAUCAGCAGACUGAUGCUGACAAAUGAGCUGAGCAAUGUGCGACGCAAACAAUAUUUAGAUCUGCUGCUCAAACACAUCCGUCGCAUUCAGAACGCUUUGGCCAAUGACAGCAAGGCAGCCAAAGAGUUGACCACCAAAUUGAACGAAUACCAGCCAACUGGCGCAUCUGAUCGCAAACUGCAUAAGAAGCUGCUCGCUAAGCUGCAAAAGUAUUCUUAAGGGGUGCAGUAUGUGUGGGAGGGGGUUCCAAUUGUGUCUACUGUUCAGAAGUAAAUGCAGUGAAAAAAUAAACAAACAAAAAAUUCAGAAAUAAAACCACAAGUUGCCUUCAA